AUGGCGACCGAGGAGUCCGAGACGAGAUUCCACGACUCUUGCUCUAACAACUCGACACAGGUUGGCUGUAUCCGAGCCCAGAUAGCUGGCAUGGACUCAAGGGCAACUGCGUGUGACUUAUGCCGGUUGCGCAAAUCUUCGCAGGACUGCACAUUCACAGGCGCUGGUCAGAAGCCCAAGGUACCUCGCCAGAGGGUUCAUGUAUCCCUGCAGUAUGAGGAGAAGAUUGACCGUUUGGAUAAACGCUUGGCCAACAUUGAGUCCUUGCUGCUCAGACAGCAGAGCGCGGCGUCAACACAAUGUUCAUGCUCAGGACUGGCCCCUGAGAAGGCCAUUUCAGAAGUACCGACCUCGGUGAAGGAUGCAUCUCACGUUCCCACAGAAUUCGAUGCAGAAGAUGAGGCUCCGCCGGUUGAAGGCCCCUCAUCACUGAGGUUUCAGAUGGCAGCAACAAGAAGACUUACAGAAAGCGCGGCCAUUGAGCUGGGUGCCUCAUGCUACGUAAAUGCCGUUGCCAGUGCACAUCGAGUUUUAGGAUCUCAAAGCCCAGCAGGAUCAUCCCAAGGGCACUUGGCACAAAAACCUGUGACAUACCGAAGCAUGCCUCUGCCGCCAAUAACUGCUGUCAUCGGUGUACUUAGACAACUCAAAGAUAAUCCUCCCAGCAGUUUCUUUGUUUUGAGGUGUUUUCUCCCGUGCUCGGAGUUUAUUGACCUCUGCCGGAACGUCUACUUCUCCAUCGACGACUACACUGCCAUUGACUUUAUCAUAGUGAACUCGGGUCUGCAUUACCUUUUCACAGAAUACUUUUGUCCUCCAAGCCUCGGACAGUCUGAGCUUCGGAAACAGUCUCUCACCUGGGGGGCAAUGUGCAGGAACGCUCUCACGGCCGCCGUGGCAACGAUAGAUGCCGGCUUGUCUGCCAAAGCGAAAAACGUGCAAGCACUAAUCCUCGGGACAACGCACGCCAUCGAGAUGGCAAAGCCGUGGCUGGCCUGGAGGUUGAUAUGCUUCGCGGCGCAUCUUUGCAUGGCUGCAGGCUUUCAUGACGAGAGCCUGAUCGUAGCUGAUGACGAAAGUACGAGAAACGCCAAAGCCUUGUUGUUCUGGCAUGUCUACGGCGCGUGGGCAGAGCCUCCAUGA